AAGCAACAUUAUAGCCCCUUUGCCCUCACACUAAGCAAACUCCAAACUAUAUAUUAUAUUUCUGAAUCUGGUCCCAACUGAUCAUCCAGAUACAACUAUAGUUCUUUUGAACUGGAUGUAGCCAUUAUAUAUACAUCAUAACAUUAACAGUAAGUAAGUAUCUACAUUAAAGUAUCAUAAUCUUAAUCAAUUAUGCAGUUCAUCUUCUUAAUCGGCUUGAUCCUUGGCCUGGAAUUAUUAAUGUUCAGCCAUUCCCACCCUUUAGACCCUCUUACACCCAAUGAAAUCAACCAAAUUAGUCUCAUUGUCCAAAGCUCUCACCUUGGCAAGAAUAUCCCAAACUUAACUUUCCAUUUCGUUGAUCUAGACGAACCCGACAAAGAUCACGUCAUUCAUUGGCUAUCAGCUAAUUCGGGUCAUGACCCUUUCCCUUACCGUCGAGCCAAAGUGGUGGUCCGAGCUGGCGGCAACACCCAUGAGCUUGUAAUCGACCUUCUCUCACGUUCGAUCACAUCCGAACACGUCUAUUCCGGCCACGGCUAUCCUCAACUUGCUUUCGAAGAGCUCUUUAAUGCCACCAGGCUCUCCAAAACAAGCCCACAAUUGAAAGAUUCCAUCUUUAAGAGGGGAUUGAAUCUGUCCGAGGUCACAUGCUUUCCAUUUUCAGUAGGUUGGUUCGGGGAAAAUGUCACCCGAAGAAUGGUUAAAGUGUCGUGUUUUUAUCUUGGUGGGACGACCAAUGUCUUCUCCAGGCCUAUUCAGGGGAUAAGUAUUCUUGUUGAUAUUGAAAAAAUGAUAAUAUUGGAGUAUGUUGACCGGGUCAGAGGUCCUCUGCCCGGAGUUGACGGAACGGAUUUCCGAUCGUCGUCCAGGACACCCGAACCGGUUAGAUGUAACAAAACAGGAUCAUCGUCAGGGAUUCAUGUGGAUGGGAAUGAGGUCAAAUGGAAGAACUGGAUGUUCCAUGUCGGGUUCAAUGCCAGAGCCGGACCGAUCAUAUCGACUGCAUCUGUAUCCGAUUACGCAAGGAAGAAGUUUAGGCGAGUACUUUACAGGGGACACGUGUCGGAGACGUUUGUUCCGUACAUGGAUCCGACCGAAGAGUGGUAUUAUAGGACUUUCAUGGAUGUGGGUGAAUUUGGAUUCGGGAAAUCGGCUAGCUCUCUUGUUCCACUUGUGGAUUGCCCUCAAAACGCUCAAUAUAUUGAUGGGUAUCUCGCCGGUGGGGAUGGACGGGCGCAGCAGGUGCCGAGGGCAAUUUGCAUAUUCAAGAGAUUUUCCGGCGAUAUUGCUUGGAGGCACACCGAAAUUGGAGUCCCCGGAAAAGUGAUAAGUAGUGGUGAGAGGGAAGUAAGUCUGGUGGUUAGAAUGGUGGCUACGGUUGGAAAUUAUGACUAUAUUUUGGACUGGGAGUUUAAACAGAGCGGUUCCAUUAAAGUUGGAGUGGGGUUGACAGGGGUGUUGGAAAUGAAGGCAACCUCGUAUACAGACACAAAUGAUAUUAAAAAUGAUGUAUAUGGAACCUUGGUGGCGGCUAACACAGUGGCAGGCUUCCACGAUCACUUGGUGACUUAUUACCUCGACCUUGACAUCGACGGGAAAGAAAACUCUUUGGUUAAGUCCAUGUUAAAGACCAAAAGAGUGUUCCCUUCCCAUUCUAGUACCACUCCGAGGAAGAGCUAUUGGACCGUCGUUAGAGAAACGGUGAAAAGGGAAGCCGGGGCAAAGAUGAGGCUCGACUCCAACUACCCGACCUACAUUUUUGUGGGGAAUCCCAACAAGAAGACUAAGGUGGGGAAUGGGGUCUCGUAUCAACUAAUAACCGGACAACCAGCAACAUCAUUGUUGUCGGAGGACGAUUAUCCGCAAAUUCGAGCAGCCUACACUAAGUACCAGGUUUGGGUGACUGCCUAUAACAGGUCUGAGAGGUGGGCAGGAGGGUUUUACGCAGAUAUGAGCCGGGGUGAAGACGGUUUAGCCGUUUGGAGCCGCAGGAAUAGGUCAAUUGAGAACAAAGAUAUAGUGGUAUGGUAUACGGUUGGAUUUCAUCAUGUACCAUGCCAAGAAGAUUAUCCGGUUAUGUCGACCAUCUCGGGUGGGUUUGAGCUCCGACCCGCAAACUUCUUUGAUAGAAACCCAGUAAUCAGACCAUAGGUGUUCAUUGAAAAAAAAAUGUGUUUAUGAAAACAUUAAAGACAAAUUCUCUUAAGUGAAUUUAUAUUUAACAUAAGUUUUUUUUAUCAUUUAUAUAAGUGAUUUUUUUUUUUUUUAAAUGAUGUCAUUUAUUUUAUUUUGGAGUGAUCUUCUCAAAUCUCAAUUACAUCUAUCAUUAUAAUUAUAUAUAUUAUCAUUAUUAAUUUGAUC